AUGGCGGAAAAUCUACAAGAACUUCAAGCAUCGCGAGCGGGCUAUCAGGCCCAUUUGACACAAACAAUCAAGAAAGCUACAAAUAUUGCAACAAAGGAAGAUCCCCUAACGGACAGUGAUAUUACAUCCUUAAAGAGAAUCGUUGAUCAAUUAGCUCGGAAAAGGUCGAUUCUGGAGGAACUAGAUGAGAAAAUUGUAGGGAUGAUCGAAGACCCAAAGGAACUGGAGAAAGAAAUAUUCCAAACCGAGGAUAUCAAAGAAGAAAUUGACGAGACAGCAGCUCAGAUAAGUAACACUAUUGAACAUUUUCUAUCUACUAAAUUGUCUCCAAGUAGCUCCCCCUCUAGGAACUAGCAAGUUUACAACUAUUCUAUGACACUAUGGAAAACCACAUUAGGGGGUUAGAAUCGCUCGGCAAAUCCCACAGUAACUAUGGAGACCUCCUAGUCCCAAUUGUUCUUGGAAAAUUACCACAUCAACUCACAACAAACUUAGCCUGUGACCAUGACAGUCCCGAAUGGAAAUUUGCACAACUGAGAGAGUCCAUUCAUAAGGAAAUAAGAAUUCUAGAAGCCGGUGUUCAAUCCAAUCUAAUGCAAGCUACACUGCCAUCACCUAAACACACAACAGCAGGUUCGUUUUUCACACAAACACAAGGGAACCAACAUCAUACCACAAGAUACAAACCGGGACUCACUACUAAACGAUGUGUAUAUUGCAAGGGUCCUCACCCCACCCACAAUUGUAAUGUUGUAAAAGAUUGCCAAGAGAGGUGGACAAUAGCGAAAAACUGUGUUUCAAUUGCUUGGGAAAUCAUAAAUCAUCAAACUGCCAAUCCAAGUUCCGUUGUCUGAAAUGUAAGCGGAAACACCAUACCACCCUAUGCCCUCAUUCAAUGACGCCUCCUAACCCCCCUCCAAUAACACCUCCGCCCCCUUCUUUCCACCAAAAUCCCAACAAUCAACAAACCCUUCCCGCUACUCCAAAUACACCACAGCCAACACCUACCCAUGCAACUCUGGUCCCAUCCACCCAUUCUCCAACAGUAAGACAUGUUUUGCAACAGCCAUUGCAACUGUGAGCACUGGGCAACUUCAUUGUGAUGCCAAUAUUCUUCUUGAUGAAGGAGCUCAAUGGUCUUUUAUUACUACUGACCUAGCAAACCAGCUUGGAGUUAUGUCCUCCCAAACAGAGGAAAUUGCACUAUCAGCCUAUGGAGCCCAAACCUCAGCUAGACGUCACCUACCACUUGCUACUGUUUAUAUCAUCACCCGUACUGGACAACAAAUUCCAUUACAAGUUCUUGUAGUUGAGGAGAUAGCAACGCCCCUCCAAAUUCCACCUCGUCAACAUAUAAAUGAUAUGCCCCACCUGAAGAAUUUAACCCUAGCCCAUCCUAUUACAGCUCAAGAGGACUUUCGAAUAUCACUGCUUAUCGGAGCCAACCAUUACUGGGAUAUAGUAGAAGAUGAAGUAACUCGUGGUCAGGGACCCACUGCUGUUGCAUCAAAACUUGGUUAUCUUCUCUCUGGGCCAUUACCAACACCUUCCAGACCCUCCAACACCUUUGUGAACCUGUUGCAGUCAGAUCCACCAAAAGAACAGAACUUGAUCUAA